AUGGCCCACAACAGCACCCAUGAGUUUUCCAUCCAGCGAGAGGAUGACUUCUCUGGGACAUCGUCAGCCAAUAGAAAAAUCCGCGUACAGAGAAUCACCGCACGAAUUCAAGAAUGGCCCGAGGAAGAUUGGUCGGGUAUCGCAGACCUCAAAUUGCGCAGGAGGUUGCAAAACCGGUUGAAUCAGCGAGCGCGACCCCCGACACCCACCUUUGAGGGAAGAAGGUUUUGCAAGAGGCAUGUAACUGAGCAAAUGAGUAUCUGUGCAGGUCUCAAAAAAGUGGAAGGCCCUCAGUGUCUGUCGACUCGUCAGAGCGGCGACGCUGCUCUGAGAAAAGUCGAAAACAUCCACGUUCUCCACCCGGACAUCAGUCACCCGGAGAGCGUGCUGCAGCACAUAGAAGCGGUGGCGCGCGAGCAGCAUCCGUCUGGAGACCCACGUUCCGACAUGUUGCUCCAUCUGAUACAGUUCAAUUUUACCAGAGGCCAACUCCAGACUAUGAGGAUCCUUGGUCUGACCUCAGAGCACAUGGACGAUGAUGCCAUCUCGUUCUUCAACUUACCGGGACCAUGGCCGCACGAGAUGGUACAAUCUCUCCCCGCCAGUCUCCAACCUACUCUAGUGCAGCGCACCGUAGUCCACCAUCCGUGGCUCGACCUGCUUCCCCUCCCGGCUAUGCGGGACAACCUGAUUCUGGCGGGAGAGUCAUAUGACGAAACUAAGCUUUGCCUUGACAUGAAGGGGCUUGGCAGCGUGCACGGCGAAUAUUCGGGGAUCAUCAUCUGGAGUGAUCCGUGGGAUCCAAGCGGGUGGGAGAUCACUGAGCCGUUUUCACGCUCCUGGGAAUGGGUUCUCCGGGGCUGCUGGGAGAUCUUUCACUCGACCAACGCCUGGCGAGCGCGUCGCAAUGAGGAAGCGCUUCUUCCUGUCACCCAAAUUUAG